AUGAGACCGAGGACAACGGCGACCGAGCCUUAUGGCGAGUGGGGCGACCAUAUGUGUCAUUCGCUUUUGUCGGCGUUUCCACCCAAGCUACCGAAGACUAUGACGCGCGACGACUUUUUCUGCUGGCGGGGGAGUUAUGCAGAGGGGACAUUGAUCGGCGAGUUUGACCAGAACAAGGUGUACAAGAAAAUCUUCUGGUUCGGCGAGGACGAGAGGUUCGUGACGGACUUCAAAAAGAAGGCCAAGAAAAUGAGAAAAAUGGGAAACAAGAAGAACAAGAGCGUUCCGUUUGAUUUCUACAACCACAACGAUUAUUUAUUUUAA